UAGAGAUAGUGACUGAAUUCUUCACAAAAUAUAGUGUAUUUUGUAAAGAUAAGGCCAGCUUUGGCAGACAAAUGUAUUGAAGAAUCCCAGAUUUCUCAUGAAAACUUAACUUUAUACAUAUACUCUAGAAUUCUACCAUAAAUGCUCUCUGAGGUCAUUUUUUUUUCAUAGCUAGGGUUAACGUUUGUUGAAUUCUUUUGCUCUGUAGUGUUUUUACUUGGCAUACACAGAGGGCUAGAAUUAAAGGUCCUGCCUACUUUUACAAGGGAGAGAUCUUUCCAGCUUGCAGCAGAGAAAUUAGGCCUGCCUUAAUGCAGACAUGAGUGUCACAUCCCAUUCUGAACUUUUUUAUUUUCAGUUGGUAUAGGAAAUUUGCUUCAAGAUAUAUCAGUGAGAAAAUAAUCAUGUGGUAUAUUAAUCAUGUGUGUUUCUGUUUUCUUUUAGAAAAUAUCCUUGUAAUUUCUGUAUACAGAUAUGGAAUCGAUUUCUAUGAUGGGAAGUCCUAAAGUCUUAAAUGAAACUUUCUUACCAAAUGGCAGAAAUUUUAUCAAGGACACCAGUAAGAUUACAGUUGGCAUAAUUGGAAGUGGGGACUUUGCUAAAUCCUUGACCAUUAGGCUUAUUAGGUGUGGGUUCCACGUGGUAAUAGGAAGCAGAAAUCCUAAAUUUGUUGCUGAAUUCUUUCCCCAUGUUGUUGAUGUCACUCAUCAUGAAGAUGCUAUAGCAAAAGCAAACAUAAUUUUUAUUGCUAUACGCAGAGAACACUAUGCAGCUUUGUGGGACCUCAAGCAUCUACUAGUUGGUAAAAUCCUUGUAGAUGUCAGCAACAACAUGAAAGUUAAUCAGUAUCCAGAAUCCAAUGCGGAGUACCUGUCAUCCCUUUUCCCAGAUUCCUUUGUUGUCAAAGGGUUCAAUGUUAUUUCAGCAUGGGCACUACAAAUAGGACCAAAAGAUGCAAGCAGACAGGUUUACAUAUGCAGUAACAGUAUUCAAGCACGACAUCAAAUCAUUGAACUUGCUCGUCAGCUCAAUUUUAUUCCUAUUGAUUUGGGCACUUUAUCAUCUGCAAGGGAGAUUGAAAAUUUACCUCUUCAAUUGUUCACACUGUGGAAGGGACCAGUAAUAGUGGCUGUUGGCCUAGCCACCUUCUUUUUUAUCUAUUCCUUUAUUAGAGAUGUAAUACAUCCUUAUGUGAAGAAUCAGCAGAGUGAUUUUUAUAAGAUUCCUAUUGAGAUUGUGAACAAGACAUUACCAGUUGUUGCAAUUACUUUAUUAUCUCUAGUGUAUUUAUCAGGGCUCCUGGCAGCUGCUUAUCAACUUUAUUAUGGUACUAAAUACAAACUCUUUCCACCCUGGUUAGAGAACUGGCUGCAAUGUAGAAAACAGCUUGGAUUACUUAGUUUUUUCUUUGCAACAAUUCAUGUUGUUUACAGCCUCUGCUUGCCUAUGAGGAGAUCAGAACGAUACCUCUUUUUAAAUACAGCUUAUCAACAGGUCCAUGAAAAUAUUGAAAAUUCCUGGAAUGAGGAAGAAGUAUGGCGAAUUGAAAUGUAUGUCUCUUUUGGAAUAAUGAGCCUUGGGCUGCUUUCUCUGUUGGCUGUGACUUCUAUUCCUUCAGUAAACAGAUCAUUAAAUUGGAGAGAAUUCAGUUUUAUUCAGUCUACACUUGGAUACGUCGCUCUUCUCAUAAGUACUUUCCAUGUAUUAAUUUAUGGAUGGAAAAGAGCCUUUGAAGAAGAAUGCUACAGAUUUUACACACCACCAAAUUUUGUUCUUGCACUUGUCUUGCCGUGCAUAGUAAUUCUGGGUAAGAUAAUUUUGCUUCUACCAUGUAUAAAUAGGAAACUGAGAAAGAUCAGAAGAGGAUGGGAAAAAAGACAAUUUAUAGAGGAUGUAAGUGGAUCUGAUUCGUAUCCCUCACCAGAAAGAAUUACAAUCAUGUGAUCAUACAGUGAAAAUAUUACCACAAUAUUUGUCCUUUUAAAUGUCUGUAUUUAAUAUAGGUUUUAUUUUAGGCUGAAAUAUCUCAGGCAUUAAGUGAUGUUAUCAGAAAAUAAGCAAUACAGGUGAAGGCAGACAUUGCAUUUUCAGCAUAAUACAAAACAUGUACUACAUUUUGAAGGAUUGGAUUUCUGGGAGUAAAAGUGUUUAAGCCACUCCUAUUCCAAGACUACAGUUUUAAACAAAUUUAUCAGAGAGUAAUUUCCACUGAACUCAGUGGACUUUAUUCAGCAAAUUGUAACUUUUAAUAAAGUAAUUACUCCUCAGGUUUUAAAUAAUCAUAUUAACUACAAUUAAUUUUAAAUUGAUCAAAUUUUAACUUAUUUAUUUAUUAGAUUUGUAUAGCCGUCCUCUCACAAGUCUGACUCUAGGCGGGUCACAACAAAACCACAACAGAAACAGUAAAAGAUAAAUAAACACAACAGCAUACAACUAUCCGAAAACCAUGAUUGAAAAUUCAAUAAAACAUAAUCACAGCUAGUAAAUACAAAAAAUAUACAGUAUCUAUUUAAUAUAGCCAUUGCCAAGGCUCACCACUACUGCUGGAUCCCUAGGGACAAUGGCGCAGCCAAGUUUUCAGGCCCUUCCUAAAGGCCAGAAGGGUAGGUGACAGUCUAAGUUCUUUCUCUUGGCCCUGCCCAUUCAUUGGAGUGGGCAUGAUCUGUCAUAAAGGACAAGUUUAUUUCUCAGUUCAAACUAACUUUGGAUCUAUUUUAGAUCUCAGUCCUUCAAGAGAUAAGUCUACUGUGACACCUUUUAGCCAUUUGUUCCUACUGCUUUCUUUCUUGCAUUCUUAGUGCUCUGAUUAUAUCAGGCUGGAGAUGGGCUACAAGUUUGAGAUCAGUACCUGAUAUCAUUGGGCAGCGGAUACUACUGUUGGCCUUCAGGCCCUCUGAGGUGUUUUUUGUUUCCCUUGAUCCAGCAUUUUCUGCAGCCAAAGAUGUAGCUGAAUCUAGCUGUUAUUUAAAUUUAAUAUAGUACCCCAAACCAAGCGUACUGAGAAAUUAUGGAAAAUUGAAAAGUCAACCAGUGCAACUGGACUGGAGCAUUGCCACUAGAUCCAGGUAAGGCCUUCAGGCUCACUGAUAAAUACAGGGCCCCCUGAAACAAAAGGGAAAACAAAAGUGCAGUUACCUGCUAAAAUGGGGAAUAUAAAAGUGUACAGUACGGUGGUUCUCCUGCUUUGAAUCUGGGAAUCUCCUUGUUGUUGUUUAUUCGUUUAGUCGCUUCCGACUCUUCAUGACUUCAUGGACCAGCCCAUGCCAGAGCUUCCUGUCGGUCGUCAGCUCCCCCAGGGACGGGUCUGUCACCUCUAGAAUAUCAUCCAUCCACCUUGCCCUUGGUCGGCCCCUCUUCCUUUUGCCUUCCACUUUCCCUAGCAUCAGCAUCUUCUCCAGGCUGUCCUGUCUUCU